AUGAUAGUUUUUGUGUUUUUUCUGACUGUUCUGAUAGUCUUUUUAGUUCAGAGUUAUUUUCAGCAUAAGAAAUUUUAUAAAUUUUCUGAAAAUAUUCCAUCGCCACCAUCUUUCGGAUUACUCGGUCACGCACCAUAUUUUUUGGGAAAAAAUGAACAAGGUCGUCUUGAAAUGCUCCAUCAACUAUGUCUGGAGCAAAAGACAUAUACAAAAUUAUGGUUGGGUCCAGCAAUCAUGUGGAUGAUCGUCAAUGACCCAAAAACCAUCCAAAAAAUUCUCUUGUCACCAGUGUGUCUGGAAAAGCCGUUCUUUUACAAGUUCUUACGAUUGGAAAAUGGAUUAAUAUCCGCUAAAUAUGAUGUAUGGAAAAUCCACCGAAAAGCCCUCAACUAUUCAUUUAAUCUUCGAAUUCUUCAAACUUUCAUUCCAAUUUUCGUUGACAAUGCUCAAAAACUUAUCAACGAUAUCUCAGUAAAUCUUGGAAAAAAGAAACAAUUUGACUUGCUGCCCUAUGCCACAAAAACAGCUCUCAACAUGAUAUGCGGUACUUCAUUCGGGUUAGACAUUAAAAAUGUUGACAGUUCACUGAUUGGAGACGAUGUUUUUCAUGCACUGGAGAAACUUAACAAAAUCAUUUCCGCAAGAAGUCACUCAUUUUUAUUGUACUCGGAGCCAAUUUACAGAAUGACAAACUAUUACCGUGAUGAAAUGCAAGUCCGAAAAGUUUGCUACUCAUCAGCUGAUCGCCUCAUUACAGCAAAGCGCGAGACUCUCUCACCUGACUUUGAUUUCAACGCUAAUAGUGAUCUAAUUGAGAAGCAUGUUAUACAGAAAUAUAUGAACAAAGAGAAGAGCGUUGAUGAUGACAUGCCAACAAGAAAGAUUUUUAUCGAUCAUGUAAUUUGUAAUGAUACAAAAUUCACUGAUUCUGAAAUUCGUGACCAUGUUUAUACGGUUGUUGCUGCUGGAAGUGAAACUACAGCUUUACAAAGUUCUCAUACUAUCAUGCUACUCGCUACUCACCCAGAAAUUCAAGAACGCGUUGUUGCUGAGAUAAAAGAAGUCUUUUAUUCUGAUGAAGUUGAGAUGAGUUAUGAUAAUCUUGUAAAAUUGGAAUAUCUUGAGAGGGUUAUAAAAGAAUCACUUCGACUGUGUCCAGUUGUUCCAAUAAUUGGAAGAGAAACUCAAGCUACAAUGAAACUCGAUGAAUUUGAAAUACCAGCUGGAAUCACAUUUAUCAUCAAUUUCUACACGUUACAUCGACGACCUGAUAUUUGGGGAGAUGAUGCUGAAGAAUUCAAUCCGGAUCAUUUCUUGCCUGAACAUGUUGAAAAGAGACAUCCAUACAGUUUCCUUCCAUUCAGUGGUGGACAACGUAAUUGUAUUGGUUAUCGCUAUGCAAUGAUUGCAUUGAAAGUUCUCCUCGUUUACUUGCUGAGAAAAUACAAAUUUUCAACAACAAUGACAUACAAAGAUUUGCGUUUCCGUACCGACAUCAACCUUAAGUUAUGUACAGAACAUUCAGUCAGCAUUGAGCUGAGGCAGUAA